CAUUAAACUCCACGAAAAAAAACAGUGAAGAAACCAACGUUGUUCUCUCUCUCUCUCUCUGUUACAGUCGCAGUUGUUGAAACUGCGAUACUUGCAACCAUGUCCACAAGUUCGAUUUGCUCGUGUUCAUUCCGAUUGGUGGCAACCCGAAUCCCAGUUUCCCUCUACGACAAAACCCCACUCUUCAAAACCUCAACGUUCCUCACAAAAUCCAUCUUCUCCAUCAAACCCAUCACCUUCCAGCGAAUUCCAACCAAACCAUCAGCAUCAUCAUCAUCACCAUCACCAUCAUCACCCACUUCCCUGCAACCCAUUGAAGAGCUUCCUCCGAAGCUCCAAGAAAUCGUGAAGCUCUUCCAAUCGGUGCAGGAACCCAAAGCCAAGUACGAGCAGCUCCUAUUCUACGGGAAGAAUCUCAAACCCCUCGAUUCCCAGUUCAAGAGCAAGGAGAACAAGGUUGAAGGUUGCGUUUCCCAGGUCUGGGUCCGUGCUUACCUUGAUCAGGAGAAGAAUGUUGUGUAUGAAGCUGAUUCUGAUUCUGUCCUCACCAAGGGGCUCGCUGCGUUGCUCGUUCAGGGAUUGUCGGGUCGACCCGUUCAGGAGGUUAUUCGGGUCACGCCGGACUUCGCGGUGCUUCUUGGGUUGCAGCAGAGUUUGACCCCUUCUAGGAAUAAUGGGUUUUUGAAUAUGCUCAGGUUGAUGCAGAAGAAGGCGCUUAUGCUCUAUGUUGAAGAUGAAAAGGGUGCUGAAUUGAACUCACCUGGAAAUUCUGAGGUGAAGGAUGAUAGUUUUGUUGAGAAUUCAAGUGGGGGGCACAGUUCUGAAAUUGAUAAUUCAGAGACUCCAUCAUCUUCACCUUCAUCAUCACCAUCAUUACCCAAUUCAGAUGGUGGUGAAUUGGGUGGUAGAGGGAGGAGGAUCAAGGAGAAGAUGGAGAAGGAGCUUAAUCCUGUUGAGUUGCAAGUUGAAGAUGUAUCGUAUCAGCACGCGGGGCAUGCGGGUGUUAGAGGGAGUGAUGGGGAGACACAUUUCAACCUUAAAGUGGUGUCUGCAGAGUUUGAAGGGAAGAGUUUAGUUAAGAGGCACAGGCUCAUAUAUAGCCUGCUGCAAGAGGAGUUGCAGUCUGGAUUGCAUGCCUUGUCAAUUGUGGCGAAGACACCUUCUGAAGUCAGUUAAGGAUGAAAAUGAACUAUGCAGGAAGAGAGGUCAAAAUUUUCUCCUUUGGCCCUAUUGGUUUUGAGGAUGUGUUCAUUUUGCUUAUAUUGAACCAAACCAUACUUAUCUGUUGGAAAUUAGAAUACUUGUUUUGGUUAACCAUAGCAUUUUAUGUCAAAACAGUGAUGGAUAAUUUGAUGCUUAUGGGUUUUUCAAUGAUUUAAGGGUUUGUGUAAAGUUAUACAAUUCAAAUAUAUAAAUCCAGACUUCUGGCAGCUGAGGUGAGGCUGCUAAGCA